AUGUCUCUGACAACGCUCCUACUUACGCCUUACUCCAUACUCCUCCUCCCGGUAAUCUUCUACAUCCUCCCUUACAUCCGCAACUGGCAGAUUCGCGACAUUCCAUCUCCAUUCCCAGCCGCCUGGACAAAUCUUUGGCUCCUGUACCAAUGCCGGCUCGGAAAACGCUAUCUCGCCGUUCAUGAAGCACACAAGAAGUACGGAAAACUCGUUCGCCUGCAACCGCAUCACGUCAGUAUCGCAGAUGCGGACGCUAUCCCACAGAUCUACGGUCACGGCAACGGGUUCCUGAAAAGCGAGUACUAUGAUGCUUUCGUGUCGAUAAGACGCGGUUUGUUCAACACGAGGGAUCGCGCGGAACAUACGAGGAAGAGGAAGACAGUUUCUCAUACCUUUUCUGCCAAGAGUGUGUUGCAGUUUGAACAGUAUAUUCAUCAUAACCUCGAGGAGUUGCAGAAGCAGUGGGAUCGGAGAGUGGAAAACGCUGAAAAGAAGGGAGAAUGGUACCAUAUGGAUGCGCUGCAUUGGUUCAACUAUCUAGCUUUCGACGUAAUUGGCGAUCUGGCGUUUGGAGAGCCAUUCGGUAUGCUGGCCAAGGGCAAGGAUGAGGCAGAGGUUAGCAAGGCGGGGCAGAUCACGUAUGCGCCUGCUAUCGAAGUGUUGAACCGAAGGGGAGAAGUUAGUGGAACUAUUGGAUGUUUCCCCGCCAUUAAACCCUACGCAAAGUACUUCCCGGACCCCUUCUUCAGCCAAGGCAUGAAAGCCAUUGAAAACCUCGCCGGAAUAGCGAUCGCCCGCGUCAACGCCCGCCUAGAGAAACCAUCCGACCGCGUCGACCUCCUUGCCCGCCUCAUGGAAGGUCGCGACGAAAGUGGCCAGAAACUCGGCCGCGAGGAACUCACCGCCGAAGCCCUAACUCAACUGAUCGCAGGCUCAGACACUACGUCUAACACCUCCUGCGCCCUUCUCUAUCACUGUCUCCAGCACCCAGACGUUGUCCGCAAACUGCAAAAGGAACUAGAUGAUGCCUUGCCAGACGCAGAUGCAGUGCCAAGUUACGCUCAAGUCAAAGACCUACCUUACAUGGACGCCGUCAUCAAAGAAACAAUGCGUAUCCACAGCACUUCUUCCCUCGGCCUCCCCCGCCUCAUCCCCCCUGGUCCCGGUAUCACACUCCUAGGCCGCCACUUCCCACAAGGCACUGUACUCUCCGUACCCGCAUACACCAUCCACCAUUCUACAGAGAUCUGGGGUCAGGAUGCCGAUGUCUUUCGACCUGAGCGCUGGGAAAACGUUACAGAGAAACAGAAAGCUGCUUUUAUUCCAUUUAGCUAUGGUCCUAGGGCUUGUGUGGGGAGGAACGUUGCGGAGAUGGAAUUGGCGCUUAUUUCAAAGGCUCAGUCAACACCCGCCACAAACCUCGACCGCAACCCACCCGCUGUAAUCCCGGAAGCAGGAUCGCCUGCGUCGCCUAACAUGGCGCCCAACGAGCUCGCCGAUGUAGCGGACGACGCCUCGUCGGGCGGCUCUUUCACCCUGUUGAAGCAGCAGCUCGAGCUCGACUUCAGUUUUGCACCGCGCCGCGUCAAAGGCCUUACGACACUCGACAUACAGCCCGACCAGGCGCAUCUGCGGGAUAUCACAUUAAACUGCCGGCAACUGAGACCGACUAGCAUCAAGAUCGAAGGAGAGAAGGCCGCCUUUAGCUACUCGAACCUUCACCAGCGCCUGACGCUAUAUCCCGGCACCGGCCUCGAACAAUACCACUAUGCGAAAGAGCGGAUAGCGCGACAUACGCAGGGCGGAGAAGAUGAGCUGGUCAUCACUGUACCUGAAAAGGUCAAAAUCCGGGAAGUGAAGCCUUCGGAGGCUGGCAUGACCGACGACGCUCCCGGUACCUUCUAUGCGCCAAUGAAGCUGGAGAUCGAAUACGAACUGGACGAUUUUCGGGACGCGCUACAGUUUGUCGGAGUGGAGGAUGGAGAUGCCCGGUACCCGCAUGCCUACACGCGCAACUCGUCCUUUCCUGGUGCGGCCUCGUGUCUGUUUCCUUGCAUUGACGACGGCGAAACGCGGUGUCUGUUUGACGUGUCUAUUCGUUACCCGCGAACACUAGGGGAUGCGCUCAGUAAAACUCCAAGCUUGAAUACGAACGCGCAAGCACAAGGAGAGGGAGCCGAGAAGGCUGACAGUGUUAUGCUGGAUGCGGAUGAUGAUCAGGUGGACUUGUCUGAGGAAGAAAAGGCCAUGGAAAUGCAAGUCAUCUGCUCCGGUACACUUACAGAUGAUAUUCUCGAUCCUGCCGACUCUACUCGAAAGACAGCGAGCUUCUCCUGCGAUACACUUGUCCUUCCACAGCAUAUCGGCUUUGUAAUUGGUCCCUUCGAACACGUCGAUCUCUCCGAAUACCGCGAUACACUUGAUGACGAGCGCCUGGGAGAGAAUGCCAUCAAGGUCCAUGCGUUCUGUUUGCCGGGCAAAGAAAAUGAGGUCAGGAACAGCGCCAUGAUGCUAGCCCGAGCGCUCGACACCUUCACCGAGCGCUUCCAGAGUUAUGCAUUCGGCAACUCUUACAAGCUCGCGUUUGUAGAUGAUCUGGAGUGGGACACUGCGCACACAGCCUCAUUCUCUAUCUGCAGCUCUCGCCUGCUUUUCCCAGAGACCGUAUGGGAGCCACUGGAGCACACAACCAGGGUGCUGGUACAUGCAGUAGCUAGUCAGUGGAUAGGCGUCGACGUCAUAGCACAUAACCCAGAAGAUCAUUGGAUCAUCGUUGGUGGUUCAUGGUUCAUGGCUGAGCUCUACCUCAGAGAGUUAUUCGGUCGAAAUGAUUGGCGUUUCCGGCAAAAGUUGAUGGUUGACAAGGUCAUCCAGAUGGACCGGAAGCGCCCAUCGCUACAGCAACUUGGAUACAUUUUGCAAUUGGAUCCUGGCGAGGUCGAGUUCAUGGAGCUGAAAUCGCUCAUGGUGCUCUCUAUCCUCCACAACCGCCUGGUGAAACAGAGCGGAAAGAAUGGUGUCGACAGGUGUUUGUACAGGAUGCUGUUCAACGCUCGUCAGGGCAAGUAUUCCAAUGGCGCGAUCGCAUCAGAAGACUUCUUCGACAUAUGUGAGAAGGUUGGGCACCAAAAGCUGGAGUCCUUCUUCCAGCAAUGGAUCGUAGGAGCUGGAUGUCCUACUUUCCACUGUGUACCUUCAUUUAAUAAAAAGAAGCAAGUGGUACAGCUUACUAUCAAGCAGCUCCAGGCCGAUUCAUCCAUUACGAAUAUCGAGAACGGUCUCGCCGCGGACGACUUCAUGCGCGAAGCAAAGGAGAAGUCCCGCGACUUGCGGUCAGCGACAGGAUAUCCUACAUUUGUUGGUCCGAUGACCAUCCGAAUCCACGAAGCUGACGGUACACCCUACGAGCACAUUGUCGAUAUCAAUUCGAACAACGUCAAGGUGGAGAUCCCGUACAACACAAAGUACAAGCGUCUAAAGAGAAAUCGAUUGAACAAAGAGCGUAUGGCUGCUGCCGCAGGUCUCGAUGCUUCAGGCGAAACACAAGAAGAUGUCACCUUCUACAUGCUGGGAGACCUCUUCACGUCUCCUCAAGAACACAAUGAGUGGCGACUGGAUGAUUGGCCAGCGGAAGACGAGGCUAAGCAAGAGGGCGAAGCUUACGAAUGGAUCCGUAUCGAUGCAGACUUUGAAUGGAUAUGUCGGACCAACAUCGAGGACAUGCCAUCCUAUAUGUACGUCUCGCAGCUGCAGCAAGAUAAGGAUGUUGUUGCACAAGCAGAGUCCAUACAGUUCCUCGCCAACAAGGAAGGUCAUAAACUGAUCUCAACCUUCUUGGUCAAGACGCUGAUGGAUAAUCGCUACUUCCAUGGCAUACGAACUAUGGCUGCUAUGGUCCUGGCUCAAAGCGCGCUGAAGCGGACAGAUUGGGUCGGUCUCUUCCACCUAAAGAAGGCCUUCCGUGAGCUGUUCUGCUUGCCCAACUCGCCUAUGACUCGGUCGAACGACUUCUCUGAUCGUAGCAUGUACCUGAUUCAAUGCGCUAUCCCCAAAGCCAUUGCAAAGAUCAAGGGCGAGGAUGGUAGGUCUCCACUAGAGGCAAAACGCUUCUUGCUCGACCUAGUCCGGUACAACGACAACCGCGGAAACGACUACAGCGACGAUCAUUAUAUUUCUACGUUGAUGCGAUGUCUUGCAGAGACGCUUACAAAGACCACUGCCAGUUCGGAGCUCAGUCACGAGGAUUGGGCCCAAGAGCAGGAUUUUACAAGCAAAGCUAUUGGAGAACUUACCCGACAUCAGCGGCUUGACGAGUGGAUUCCUACCUACCAGAACGUAUACACAACCACUGCCCUCGAUUGUGCGUUGAAGUUGGUCAUGAGCCGCGUUACCCCGUUCAAGCCAACCGAGUUUCUUCAGUACGCCCAGCUAGGCAAUGCAGAUAAUGUACGCCUAAAAGCUUGGGAAUGCUUGAUUCGGCUGGGCAUGAUCCGGAAAGAUACGAUCUUGAGGUUUCUUAUGCAUGAGCUCCGCUCUGAUCCCUCGCCAUACUUCAGAAAGCAGCUACUACGUAUCUUUGGUAUCGCUAUUGGACAGGUCGCUACCGGAGACGUUUGGGCACCAGAGAAGGCUGUUGAAACCUCUGCAGACACGCUUGUGGUCGAGAACGAAGCCAGCAAUGCCGAACGUGCAUCAGCUCUCGCCCGACAGAAUCUUAACGGGGCUUUGAGAGGGCUGAAGAGCGACUUACAGGGGAACAAGACCCUUCGUAUGACACUAGAAGAAGCUUUGAAGUCAAAAGCAUUAUCCACAAGCGACAUGUCUGAACUUUUGGACAUUUGCGACAUGAUCUUUGAUAAUCAGAAGGUCAAUAAGCUACCCAUCAAACUGGCUCUUCCACGCUACUGGAGGGUGGAGUACGCCGGAAAGGGAGUCAUGCGCUUUAAACAGACCAACAAGUUCCGAACCAAAAAGAUGCUGCCUUGGAGACCAAAGGAAAAGGUGGAGAAAGAAGAAAAGGCGCCUCCUGCGGCUCCUCCAGCGCCCCCUUCGGCUCUUUCCGUGCCUCCUCCACUCCAAUUAAAUAGAGACGCAGCUGCUCCGGCCCCGAAGCCGCCAGGAUUGCCGAAGUUGUCGCUCAAGAUUGGUGGAAUGAAGAAACAGUCUGCCACAUCUCCACCGUCGACUGCCGGACCAUCGCAGGCCCAUUCGAGGAGCCAGUCUAUCGUGUUCUCGCCCACCGUCUAUCAUUCGCCAUCUCCCGCACCUGUAUCGAAACCAGCGUCUCCAGCGCCAGCGCCAGCACCUGCACAAACACCAAAAGCUGCGCCAGCAGCAGCAGCACCAGCAGCACCAGCACCAGUAGCAGCAGCACCCACACCGCCGCCUGCUGUCCCUGAAAAGACUGAUUCGCGUUCGUCGACUCCAGAUGUGCCAUUGAUGCAACCUUCGAAGAAGAUAGCAACCCCAGCAGCAACCCCCAAGCCAGCGACUCCAGCACCUGCUCCGGUUCGAGCCCCAAAUCCGGCUCCUCCAGUUCCAGCCCCGGUCACCAAGACUCCAAUUCCGCCACCCAAGGUUUCUUCUACACCCAAGGUUCCUACACCCAAGGUUCCUACUACCGCUUCUGCGUCUACCCAAGCGAAGCCAACACCAGCGGUGAUCAAGGUACCGAAGCCUAUGUCUACGACUCCCACCAUCCAAUCUCCUGUUCCUCUACCUGCUCCCAAGCUCAAGAUCAGGACCAAAACCGCUUCUGGCUCUACCGUACCAUCAAGACCUUCCAGCGCAGCUCCCUCGCCGCGUCCGAGUGCCGCUCCUUCACCCCGACCCAGCGUCGUUCCUCCCCCGUCACGUCCUGCUGCUGCCAACCCAUCAUCCAUAGCAAGGCCAGUGAUUAAGCAAAAGAGGAGCAAAAUCGUCAAGCUACGACUUCCACCUAGACUGCUCUCGCGCCUCAACGGGGAGAGCAAGAAACGCAAGCUGAUAUCUGGAAACGGGGAUGAUGAUAGGCCGUCUAAGCGUCAGAGUCUCGAAGCAAGCAGCAUGUUGAACGGCAACGGCGCCGGUAAGAGCGGACUGGUUAGCGUAGAGAAAGGUGGCGGUAGUGAUAAGCCGAGGUUACUUCUUAAGAUGAAAGUGGGAAAGAGCAAGCUGCCUAUCGAGCGGAAAUCAUGA